ACAAGCAAGAGUCGCACACACACAUUCACACACAUACAUGCUGCCUCUGUCACACACCCUCACACCCGUACACCUUCACACUGCUGCUCCUUCACACACACACACACACGCACAUACUCCUUGGCACGUGCGUGCUGAGGCUGAGAGGUGCGUUGUUCUGGCACAGGGGGGCACACACACUUUUCACACACACAUGGACUCAUACUGUGCAGCUGGACUCAACAGAACCAGAUCGGACUACUGUCACCCACCGGUGGAGACUCUCACAUGAGCGCCGGCAGGACAGCAUCUACCGGUGUGGGUGAACACAAGGGUGAUGCCAGGAGAGCUUGAGAGACAGCAAGGAAACAAGCCGCACUCCGUCCAGCAGCGUCCAUCCGCAUCCCCUCAUCCUCGUUCCAGCUUGCGGAGCUGAUACCUCAGGUCGGACGGUCCCCACUUCUUCUUCUACUUCUCUUGCUCUGACAUUGUUUUGGAUGGAGAGAUUUUACAGGUGAGGAACAGAAAGAAAAGGAGCUGCAGUGUGUCCCGCCAGUGUCACUCCUGUUUUUUUUUUGGAGAGUUGGUAUUCGGACGUUUUUCAUCCCAUCGAAUCAGAUCAGGCUUCUGAUCGGCAGGACUAAAUUUGAUUUUUGUUUCGGUCUGGUGUCACAAUGCGGUGAAUAGUUCUGUUGCUGAUCCCCAUCAGACGGGAUUGAGUCAAACUUCCCACUACAUCCAGGAGGAGGUUAAGGGUAUACUCGGACUGGGACAGAGGCAUCGGGGGACACUGGUCAGUGUGCUUUAUGGGUGGAUAACAACAUGACUUGUCCCAACAGAGGAACAGUGACGUAUCAAGGCUUCACCUAAACCUGACUCCCCAACCAGAAAACAAACAAGCAGAAGGACAUUUAAAGACAAACGCUCAUAAAUCCAAACCUCAACGAGUGAGAGUUGCCUGUUUUUGGGUGGGCCUUUGAGGGAUCCACCCUUCUUUCCUCCACCUCCUCCUCUUCUUCCCCCUCCUCCCCCCUCUUUUUCUGCCUCUCUCCCCCGCUGCUCCGGUCCAUCCUCAGAAGCCCCCUCCUCCGCUCUGCACCCCUCCCUCAGCGGUGCUCCGUCGCCCUGGGUGAGCGGGCAGGGGGGUGGCCCACGGUACCCCCCGACACCUGGGCGCCACCGAGCCGCCAGAGGCUGGUGAGGCGGCGGCAGGGUCAGCGCUGGGAAGAUGGCCGCCCUCGCCAGCUCCCUCAUUCGCCAGCGCAGAGAGGUCAAGGACCCGCAGGCAAACCGGCAGAUCGCCAGCAAGCGCAAGCCCUGCCCGAAGAGCAACAAGUCGCUUUGCCAGAAGCAAAUACUCAUAUUAAUAUCCAAGGUUCGACUAUGUGGCAGUCGAGGGAGAAAAAUGGAAAAAAGACCAGAGCCCCAGCUGAAGGGCAUCGUCACGCGGCUCUACUGCAGACACGGCUUCUACCUCCAGAUGCUGCCGGAUGGCACCAUGGAAGGCACAAAGGACGAAAGCAGCUCCUUCUUGCAGUUCAACUUGAUUCCUGUGGGGCUCAGGAUAGUGGCCAUCCAGAGCACCAAGACAGGGCUCUAUGUUGCCAUGAACAGCGAGGGCUACCUCUACACUUCGGAACACUUCACGCCGGAGUGUAAGUUUAAGGAGUGUGUAUUUGAGAACUACUACGUGACCUACUCGUCCAUCCUGUACAGACAGACCCAGUCGGGGCGAGCCUGGUACAUCGGCAUCAACCGGGACGGACAGGUCAUGAAGGGGAACCGCGUCAAGAAGACCAAGGGAGCUGCUCACUUCCUGCCCAAACUCAUUGAAGUGGCCAUGUACAGGGAGCCCUCUCUACACGAUGUUGCGGAGCAGAGUCCGCCCAGGAAAACGCCCAAGACCUCCAGUGACUCACCUGUGCUCCAGAACGGCAAGAAGGACCCUCAAUCUAAAACCAAAACCUCCUCCUCCUAGCGCUCAGAGACACGGGAGGGAGGAGUUGGGGGGCGGGGGACACGGGGCACAGGCCACUGGGCACCAGCGGAAACCUGAAUAGGGUUGUUAGGGCUAAACCCCCCCACACCUGCUGCCUGCAACACUGCACUGUAAAGUUGAAGAAAAGGAGCAGGUCUGGGCAGAGUGGAGCUGGCCAAUGGGAAGCCCCUUUUACCUUCAUAGACUCCCCCCCCCCCCCCCCCCCCCCCCCGACCCACAUCUACACCAGCCCUCCACCUUCUUAUUUAAUAACCUCUGUGAUUAUCAGAGCCUGGGAUUUAAAAGCAAUAACUCCAUGAAGAGGUGAACAGUCGCCUAGCAUCGUAUAGCAUGUCACUGCAGCGUGUUUAACCAGCUGGAAGGAAAUCCCACACGUCCACUAGAUAUCAUCAGCGACAACCUUCCAGUCAACCAAAUAUCUGAGCAAAAGUCUUCCUGGUUUUACCACAAAGGGUGCAAUGGUCAAAUCCGUCCCUCUGCAGCACACAAUUUACAAAUGGGUUGUGUUUUUAUUUCCCUGUGGGGUUCCAUGCUAAUGUUAGCCUGACACAGAGCCAUGCAAAUGCGAUGCUGUCACAGAGACCCUUGCAGACUUUUGUUCUGCAGCCAUCUGCUCAGUCCACAUCUUCUGUGUGUGUCAGCGACUUUGUGAGAUGGCCUGGAUACUUGUCAGCCUUGUUUGUGUAUGUAUGUGUGUGUGCGUGUGUGUGUGUGUGUGUGUGUUCCCUUCUUCUUCCAUUCACCUUUGGUGCGAUUUGAUUAGUUUGUGACAUGGACUCAAUUUUCCACUCGGCGGCACAAGAAAACCCCUCCCGUCCUCUCUGGCUCUGCUAAUGGAGUCUGGGGCUGAUCAGAAUCUUUCGACCCUUAAACGAGGGGCCAAGAGCUCCCUCAGCACCUCGCAUAACCACACACACACUCAUUAUUACACUGACAUUUACACACACGCAUGUAGGUGUGUGUACUGCGCGCACACACUUUAGCGCCCUGAUAUCUGUGAGCAACCACCGCAGAGAACGAUCUCACGACUUAACACACUUAACACGAUGACAUGCAUCAACACACACACACACACACACACAUUCACAAAUGCAUGCAGACACAUGGCGACAUGGCGGUGUGCGUGAGCAGGUUCUGGGAGAUGAUGAGGAUAUCAUCAGUGAGAUGGGGUACUGAUGGAGCCUGACUGCAUAGCUUGUGAUUGCACUGCAAUAGGUUUUUUCACUGUUGCUGGCCAUGCAUUGCACAGAUGCCUGAAGCCCACACAGUAUCUGUCACUCUGUGUGGUACUCUUGUCUAAAAAUAGACAGGACAAAUGUGUUUUAUUUGAUCACUGCAUCCAAAAAAAGAACAUAAUGUUGUGCAUAUAACAACAGUUUCUGCAGGUUCAUUGCUACCCCAUCACUGUCCUUGAGCCAAAAAUACUCUGCCCACACCUUUGGAGUACAGUGUUCACCCAUUUUUAAAGGGGCACUCCACCCAUUUUACAUGUCAGAGUCAGGUGAUAUGUCAUGACGAGUACAACUCAACCUGUGAGCACUAGUAUAGUUUUUGCUUAAUCACGCAACACAUUGAUUAUGUUAUAUACAUCUCAAAUCCCUACUACAUAAUAACUGUAGACAUUUAAGUUAUUUGAUGUGUUUAAAAGCAGAUUUUCCAGUAUAUACAUAUAUAUUAAAAAACAUGCUUAAUUUAUGAGUGUGCUGCUUAGUUACAGUUCCCCACAAUGCAGUGCACAAAGGAAAUGGAGCUGCAAAUUUUAAAACUAAUUUUGAAUGUGAAACAGUUUUGUGAACAACCCCCAAAACGACAAAAGAACAUAUACUCUGGAACAUAUAUAGUUUAAUUGUUAAUACUGUACUUGACAUGCAAACUGCAAAACAGUACACCAAUACAAUUAGUAUGUAGUAUGGGACUGGGAUACGCUAUAAGUCUUCUCACAGCUUAAAUGGACAGUUUAAAAAAUCAAUGCAGCAGAACCAGAGGUGUCAUCUUUUUUUAUUCUUCUUCCAACUCAACCAGCAACAUUUUGAUGUGAGAUCUGGGUGUGUUCUGUUGCCAGCCACUAAUGUUCAUUCUGCUCGCCUCAGGCAGAGAUGAGGAGCAGGCUGCAGAGGUCUGGUGAGCUCACCUUUUUAAACUCUACACAGACAGAUUUUUUUUUUACAUUUUCAAACAUCAAGCCCAACCCAUACAUUUCAUCAGACUUUGUAUUCCCUCUUUAUUCUUUAAGUUUGGAACUUAACCAAAACCAAGUCCUGAGCUUCGUGCAACAAAACGGCCUUGCGGAUCACCAAUGAGGAAUUUGUGAGACAGGCAGAGAGGGUCUGAUGAAAGACGCUAUGGAGCUUGGGACUACUCAUGAUAUCUCGGCCUCUGCUGCUCCAAUUUGAACCAUUCCUUUUUUAAAUCUGUUCCCCAUUUUUAUAGAAGUGCAAUAUUGAAUCCCUGGAGUGCUCCUUCAAGUCUUUAUUUGUUCAUAUGUGCAACACAAUGCUUCACAUGAAUCACUUGCUUUCACACAUUCACAUUCAGAUUUCUGUUAAUCUGUCUGUAAUCGUGGGCAUAUGAAUUAGCAGAAAUCUCUUCUGGAGACUUUGGUUAUGAUGCAGAGGAAUCCAAGCCUUCUUUACUUGUCGUUUCACAAGUCCUGUACUGUUACCAGUAUGAUUUCUGUGACUGUUUUGUUGGGAGGGAAAAUAAGAAAACCAAAGUCAUGUAUAAAUAAUGAAACUGAUAGCUGUAUUAUAUAAUGUAAGAAGAACGAUUAUUUAAAAAAAAAAAGAAAAUGGAAAGACAUAUGUGUUAUAUUUUACUUAGUUUAUUUGGUAGGUUCUCCUGUUAAAGAAAGUAACAAGCAGUUUUAAUAUUUCUUCUCUCUUUUCUUUCAGGAGACCUUGUCUUGUGUGUUGCCAUUUGUUCUUUCCAUUCAAAGGGAAAAGCAAUCAUUUUUCAUAUCAAACUUUCAUGGAACAAUAUGCUAGGCAGGGUAAUUGUUUCUGCCUAAUGUUUAUGUAUUGUUUGAAGCGAGGCAGUCCUGUGUGUUCAGGAGGUAGAGGAAAGGCUAGAUUGAUGAUCAGGGCGCAGGAGGAGGAGGAGGGCCGACGCAAAGAAAGGAAACAGAAAAAGAAAGAGAUUUUAAAGGGGGAAAAUUUGCGAUGAUGAGCACAACAAAAAGAGAUUUAAGAGGGAAUUAUGGUAAUGUGGGCAGUGUUCCCUCCUGAACACACACUCUUCUCCUUCCAUGCAUAAUCCUCCGCGCCCCUCUAACCUGUGGUUGUAAAUAAUAAUGGCUGAUAACCUGUGCAGAAUGGAGGCGAGCUGCUGAGCAAAGUAAUCUGCUACCUAAGAUGAUGAAACAAACUUUACCUCGGUUUUCCUGAGAAGAAAUGUACUGAGGAAGGAAGGAGGGAGUGCUUAAGUGAUGGCUUAAAGGAAAGGACGGAAAGAUGGAAGGAAAAGGAGAAAGAAAGGAUUCAACAAACAAACUAUAGGAGGGACUUGAGAGCAACGAGGAAAACCAUCUUUCACUUAAAUAAAUUGCAACCCAUUAGAGAUUUACUCCCAUUCUUUUUAGAUUUAUUCAAAGCAAGUUACUAUUAAAACCUCACAUUCACACUAAAGACCUUAAUUAAACUGUUAAACAGACCUUCAGGUUGAUGUAUUUGACCAGUCACCCCCUAUGGAUCUCUAAAUCCAGAACACAAUGUUUGACUAUUAUUCGCAAAGUAAUUACACAAAUGUUUAAUUAAAUGAGGCUCCUGCCUGCCAGAGUAGAAUUAAGAGUGUCUGGGACUAGAUGGAGAGAUACUGUUAGAUGGGAGGAGAGGAAGAACUCUGCAAACAGACAGAGCCACGAUUUCUGUGACACCUACUAUAGUAGAAUUUAAGGGCUGGGAAAUCUAUGUUGCAAUAUUUUCUUAUGUAUGUGUCAUAUUUGUUGUUUUCAGAAUUCAAGCAGAUUUUGAAUCGAAAGGCAAAAAGCUGUUAAGGAGAGUUAAGGGCUAAAAUAGUUCAAGUAAUUAAUUCUGAGUGUAGAAAUGAUGAAAAAAAGAAUGUGAGCUUUAGUUUAGAUAAAGUUCGGACUAUAAGCAAUGCGUUGGAAUCAUGCACACAAUGCUUGUUAAAGGGGCACUCCUCUGAUUUUAACUCAAUAUAGAACUGCUCACACUGUGAGGUAUGAGGUUUUAAAUAAGUUGGCAUUUCUAAGGCAAUUGAAAGAUAUUGUUGAGUUGCAUUAUGGGAAAUGUAGGAUCAGGUGUUUUUGACCCAUACUACAGACUAAAAGCCAGGAUAUCUCAACUUCUGUUGUUUUGAUUUUGAAAAUUCUUUCAAACAUCUGUCUCUCGUGAGUCUCUCAACUUUAUGAAAGUGCAACACUAAAUCGCAGGAGUGGCCCUUUAACCCUCAAAAUAAAAGCAGUACUAUUUUCAGUUGAUACAUAUGCCUGCACAGAUGCAAAAAAUAAUAAUAAUAAAAAAUAGCACAUGAGGUGGAUUUGUAGAGAGGAGGACAUGAAUUCAGAUUUGAUUUGUUUGCAGUAUUUUUAGGGUUACAGUCGCCUCAUUUCCUGCCUCAAACUCUGAGUUAAAAUGGCAUUUAUUAAAUCGAGCCAUCAGGAGCUCUGUUCAAUCCCAAUGACUGAGCGUCAGUCAACACUGACAUCUAGUGAGCGAUGGAUUCAUAUCUCACUAUCGAGAUACUCAUACUAUGUGUGGACUCAGCAAUUAAAUGCAAUCCAUUACAAAUGAUCCAUCGGCCUCUUAAAAAUGCAUCAGUCAUCAGUAUCUCACUGUAGAAUAUGCAGAUAAAUUAGCUUUUUAUUCCGGUUUGCAGACUGUUAUUUGAAUUGUCACCCGCGUGCUGUUCAACCAGAAUUCACCAUCUGUUUGUGACAUUUAAAUUUCUGUUCAUACCCAUAUUUUUUUUUUUUUUUUUUUUUGAGUAAUCUUAUAAAUAGUCACCUGUUUUUUCAGCCACAUCUUUACUCUGAAUACUGUAUUUUUUGCAGAAGCUGUAACAGAUAUUAUCUUUUGUAUUUAUGUUAUUGAUGGAUUAUUUCAAGUGGGGGGGGGGUGAAGAUUUUAGAAGAGGAAGUGUGAAAAUGUGUAUCCUUAACUGUUUGCAGUGUUACUGAUUUCACUUUUAUGGUUGCAGAAAGGUAGAGUUUACUGAGUGUGGAAAGUUUGCUUGAGUGUGUGUGUCCCACAGCCUUGUGUGUGUGUUUUUUCUCUGCUGUACGUCCUUUGUGAAGUCUGGAAUCAGCUUCUCUGUUCCAGCCUGUCUGCUCUCCGGCCUUCAGGCUUCACUUCAAAUGAUUCUCUUUGAAUUACAGGAUGUAAAGAUUGCCAUUUAUCUCGCCGGCCGUCUAUCUGAGCACAUGUUUGAUUAGUGAAACCCCACCCCCACCCCCAUGGCUGAAUUUACUGCGUUUAACUCACUGAUAAAUGUCUCUGGAUUCGGCUCUAAGUGUUACAUAUUGGCCCUUUGGAAAGCCUGGCAUCGCCAUUUCUUUAGACUAUAUGAGAAAAGAUGAGAGAGGUGUGAAUGUGCGUGUAUGUGUGGUUAUCGAAGGGGGUUAAAUGAUGUAUAUCUGAUUCAGCUGCACGCUUCGCACAUCUCACACACACGCACACACACACACACACUUCUCUCCCCGGGGACUCCCUUCCCUCCCGUUUCUCCCGAGUCAGGGCCCUCCCUGCUUACUGAGCGAAUUACAGCUGCAGAGAGGGUCAUCCGGGGUGGUGAAGGACUCAGAGAGAGAGAGAGGGAGAGAGAGAGAGAGAGGCAUGUGUCACACACUGUAGUGUAGCUAACUCAUGCCCUCACAUCCUCCCUUUGAUGUUCCACUUCCUCUACGUGAUCGCUUUUGCAGACACAACUUCCCUGUAACCUGGAGGCAGUAUGUUUGUCCAUGUGUGUGCGUGCAGCGUGUGCACACAGCAUGCAUGUUGAUACACUCAUACAUCACACUCAUCACUUUUGGUCUUUGUGUGUAAUCGUUGUGUAACUGUGAUUGAAUAUCUGUGUAUGUCCAUUAUGUGUAUCCAAGAAGAGAGGGAAUGAAGUAUGGAGAGAGAGAGAAGGGGAGAGAGGAAAAUAGAGGAUAAAUCAGAGGCCAAAUCAAUGAGCACGAGUCCUUGGGCAGAAAGCAAUAAACUCCAUUAACAAGGUGCAGCCACAUUAUCUGGGAGGGUGUGGGAAAAAGAAAGGAUUAAUAUUGAUAUAGAAACCAACUGCGUGUUUUAUUAGAGCUUUUAUUUUUCUAACACUUUGCCCUUUUUGUGAGCUGGGUUGCUGUUUAAGUGUGUGUGUGUGUGUGCGCGUGCGUGUGCAUUACUUUGAGGUGGAGUCCCUUCACCACAUCUGCAAUGCAGCAGAAAACACAAAAAAGAGAGGGAGGAAGAGAGAGAGGCUCACGUGCUCCGACAAAAGAGUGACGCCGUCCUCGGACGGAUUUUCUCUCUCUCCCUCUUUCUUUUUUUUUUUUUAGCUGCUUCAUGAAAAAAAGUGCUUUUAUAUUGGAAACCAGAGCACCUAAUGUCACAUCCUGUGUUGCAUUAAACAAACAGAUUAACUUCAUGUGUAUAUAAAAACUGGGGCUGUGUUUUUAAAGGCACACCCACAGUCCCUGGACACAUCUGCAUUGCACACAGCACCCUGCACCAAGCCAGCGCAGAUGUGGCUAACUGGGGUGACCUUUACAAACAGAUCAUGGAGGGACUUCACCUCUUGCAAGCUAAUGCACCACCAAUGUUUUAGUGGUGACUUUACACUGUAAACUAUGCUAAAAAAAAAUGUGUUUAUUUAGCCCUUUUUCAAGUGUACUUUUUUUUUUUUUUUUUAAAGAAAGUAUGGAUUGUGUUUUGGGUAUUUCUCAGUGGAAGUACUGUGACCUGUAAUGAAAUGAUAUGAGAAACUCUAAGUGUUGGUAUCCAUUGUAAUGCCCUUUCUAAAUCAUUGUUAGUCUGUUCAUGUGUGUUUGUUGAUUUGAUGUGUUUAUUUUGCUGUUUAAAUGCAUAUCUGUAUCUACUCCCCUGUUACGUGAUGUGGGAUAUUGAACAAAAAGGCUCAGCCUACAAAGAAAGGAUAACAUAGUACACCGGUACUGAGGGGUCUCAAACCUCUUCCUCCUGAUCCCCCAGAAUCCUCCAGCGCUCACUCGUCAAUCAAAGACCGACCGACUCACUGACUGACCUCCGACCUUCGAUCUCUUAACGAGAUUUUAAUUGGCUCACCGGCAGCAUGUGGACUGCUCAUUCACCGUCUCUCCCUCAAACACACACAAACACAUCUUCUACCUGCGUGUGUUGAUUCUGUGAUCAAUCCUUGAAGGAUUUUUUUUUUUUUCCUUUGUACUGCAUGGACGAUCCAACUUAUUGUGACAAAGUCUUCCAGAAAAGAUUUUAAGGAAAUCACCAUAAUCUUACUUUCCUUCUUGUCUUCCAAAUGCAAAAAGAGUGCUUCAGUCUUCCAGCUAUCAAAGCCACAAUGACACUAUUUUUGUAUUCAAAUGGGGCAAAAAAAAUUAUAUAUCUAUAUAUCUCUAUAUAUAAAUAUAUCCAUGCAAAUGUGGUUGGGGUGCACUAACUCCCCCUGUUGCUGGCAAGGUGGAAUAACAUGACUACUAAACACCAUCCAAAUCCAUGGAUCACUUGGAGAAAGUAGCUGAGAAGGACUACAGAGAGCCAUGGGACUUGCAGUUUGAAACUCCUGGGUUGAGGUAGAGGAUCACAGAUGGGCGGGAUUACAAGCAUGCAUGCGCCAAUCAUUUACUGGACACCUUUGAAGAAACAGUCCUUACCCAAUAUUUACUCUUAAACCCCUUUAACCUCUUAAACCCCCCCGACCCUCGUCAACACUCUAUUAUCCCAAACUUGUCUCUGCAUUUGCAAUAUGAUCUGUAUUUAUUUCUAUAAUAACUUACACAAAGUCAAGGGAGACGUAUUAUUGGAUAUAAUUGAAUAAAACAAACUAAUAUAUUUGUAUGAUUGUAA